ACAGGUCAUCCUCGCUGUUUCACGAGCUAUGAAUAAACAAACAAUACACGCAUAAAAUGAUUCUCUACGCAAAACUGAACGAACACUGAGUCUAAACGUAACUGUUGGGUGCUGCAAUAUUAACAGAAAAUGUUUUCUGCAUUCUCCUGUUUCGUGUUCGUCGUCGUGGCGUUGUUCAUUCAAAACCCGGCGUCUUCUGUCGAUGACGACCAGCCGAUCGUGAAAACGUCAACAGCGACGUUCUAUGGAAAGCGACUCGAUCUACAACCUCAUCAGCUUCCAGUUGACUACCACGGCAGUGUAUCAGCUUUUACACGGAUUCCAUACGCUGAGCCACCUGUAGGUCAACUCCGAUUCACAAGCCCCAUUGCCAAGGUCAUCCAGGGAGAUUUCGACGCGACCAGACCUGCUGUAGUAUGUCCGCAGGAAAGGAGUGAGCUUUGGGAAGUCAAGCCAGAACAAUCUGAAGAUUGCCUUACCCUCGAUGUACUCGUCCCCGAUCCAAAGCCCCAUAAUGCAGCUGUAAUGAUGUGGAUUCAUGGUGGUGGAUACCAUAUCGGAGGCGGAUCUCUUCCAGGUCAGCUCCCCGCCCCUUUAGCCGCUUUUAAUGACGUAAUCGUGGUUACUAUAAACUACAGGCUAGGGGCACUAGGAUUCAUGACUAUCGGUGAUGGUUCGAUACCAGCAAACAUUGGCCUCUUAGACCAAAGACAAGCUCUUAUCUGGAUUCAAGAUAAUAUUGAAGCUUUUGGAGGCGACCCAGCCAGGGUGACAAUUUUUGGAGAGAGCGCUGGGUCAGCAAGUAUUAACUUUCACCUAUUGUCGACAAUGAGUGCUGGUCUUUUCUCAAGAGCAAUUAUGCAGAGUGGAGCCUCCACCAAAACUUGGUCCUAUCACUCUAACAUGGCGGAAGCAGUUCGAAUGUCCUCCAACGUCGCUAAAGCUGUUGGUUGCGACGUGGAAACAACAAGUGAACUUGUACGGUGUCUCCGACGUGUACCUGUUGAGGAUUUUAUUGAAGUAGAAGGGAUUUCGCGGAUGUCGAGUGAACUUUUUGUACAUCCUGUGGCUGAAGGUCAAUUCUUACCCGAUGACCCGAUUAAAAUGGCGUCAGUAGGAAGGUUCAAUCCAGUUGAUGUGAUCAUUGGUUGUAUGGCGAACGAAGGAUCCUACCGCUUCAUCCCUGAUCCGAAGAAGGGCCAAGAAGGAACGACACCAUAUCCUAUGAACCAUACAGAAUUCCGUCACACCAUUGCUAGUAACCUAGGCACGGAUGACCCCAUCACUCUCGACUUAGCCGAACAACUCUAUCCAUCACCAGAUGAGUUGUCCAAAGACGAUGCUAACUUCGUAUCACAAGCCACCACACUGAUUGGCCAGGCCAUGUUCCUCUGCCCGACCUUCGAUCUCUCUAUGGACCUUUCUAGGGCAGGAAGGAACGUCUACCCGUAUCUGAUGCCACAUGUCCCUUCCUUCUCAAUAUGGGGCAGCAAGUAUGACUGGCUUGGUGCCACACAUGUGGAAGACAUUGCCUAUGUGUUUGGUGCACCUUUCAUGGGCAAUUCCGACGACGACGACUGGAAAAUGACGGGUCGAUUCGGCAACGACCUAGAAGUCGAGAUGUCGCUUCAGAUCAUGAGAUACUGGUCCAACUUUGCAAAAACAGGGGAUCCAAAUUUAUCAACUGAAGGUGAAGAAGCAAGCUCGAACUAUCCGGCUUGGUCCAGAUACACCCCAUCUUCACCUAGCUACAAAGAAUUAAGUCCUCUAUUCGAGAACCGUGAAGGAACACCGAAUGUAAAGGAAUGCUACUUCAUCAAGAACCUGGUCCCAAAUCUCAUUGCCAACGCAGAAGAGAUGGCCCACCUGAGAUCUCUAUUGGAAGACAAGGUCAGAGAAGUCAGUACUGAAUCUUGCCAUACCCAACAGUCAUGCCCAGAACAAUGAGGACAUCAAACAGACCAACGGGGCACGGAUACAUAUUUUCGGAAAGGAUGGUACAGUGGCGCUUCAUAUUUAAUUGGUUGAGAUCGCUCAGAUAGCACCAACGGAUCAAUUUGACUAGAAUCCUGACAUAGGCAUAUAUACCUGUACAAUUUUUUGAAAUGAUCGUCAUCUCUGCAUUCCUCUAAUUCCCAUUUGUCAUUUGUAGAUUUGCCACUGGGUCUGUGUAUAGGUGUAUAAUGGAUGAGUGUAUAAAGAGUUAGUGGGUAUGUCCGUGCAUGUGUGCUUUGUCCUUGAAAUAACAGAAUUACAUUUACUUAAACCUCACAAAGAAGCUGAACUAUAGAUUCGUUCCUAACAAUUGCCUUUUGAUGUAUUCUAGAUUAUAUAGGAAAUCAAUCAGGAAAAGAUUGUCGUGAAGUGAACUUGAAAUACUUAUUUGAAAAAGAAAUAUGUAAAAGAAUCAAAGAAGUUAUUAAUAGUGAGAAAUAGUAUCACAACAAGUCCUACCAAAACGUAUGAUGCUGUAAGUUUUUUCUCUUUCAUAAAUAAUGUCUCAUUUAUUUGAAUAUGCCAUAUUUCGAUUUUUUCCUUGUUAUUGCCUAUGUAAUGUGAUUUUGAAUGUUGAAACACGAAUACAAUAAAUACCCAUACGGGGUUUUAUAUGAUUAAAAUAUAUUUUUUGAAAAAAUAGAACAAAAAAAUAUAGGAGAAAAGUAUAUAUAUGGAGAUUAGCAAGAGUAAGAAGAUCAAAAUGAGAAAAGAAGCGUUGACGAGCAAGAAAAUGGGAAGGGGAAGAACAACAUCAACAGUAGGCCUAAGAACAGAGCAACGACGUAACAAACGAGAGAGAGAGAGAGAGAUAAAGUUGAAUAGAAAGAAAAUAGAUAAUAGGGAAGAAAUACGAAAUACAUAAAUAUGUAACCAUACAUAAAGAGGACUGGAUAGCGGUGAUCGGGUUACUAAAAAAUCCAGAGUUGCUCAUGUAGUUUAUUAAAAUUCAACAUGAUAAAUUGUCAAGGUUAAAAAGGUUAAAUAAAAAAGUUAAAUCUAUCAUCAAACAAAUAAUACAGUGCAUUUUUAAAAGAGUUUUUGCGUU